AUGCGAUUAUAAAUAAAUACAAAUAAGCAUAACGUGUUUUUUCCGAAACAACAAAAUUAAGAAAAUUGUAACAUAAUUUUCAAGAAAAAUCGAUAAUUUUGGUAGCACUGCACGAUAAUUUCUUCAUCGGAUGGUGGCAACACUGAGUGUAAUUCACUCCUGCUUCCUGGCAAUUCUUUCUUUUUCUUCUGUGCUCCUGCUAAGUAGGUUGUGGAAAGAAAAUAGCCAUUAUCCUCUUCCUCCAUGAUAUCCACCAGUUGACACCACAGUAGGACUAACGAAAGAACCUUUUAUCUAUGUUAUUGAAGCCCAUUUUUCAAAAUAAUUUAAGAUGAAUACUACAAAAUUUAAAAAAUAUUUAGAUGCUCUUAGCAGAGAAGGAAACAGCAACAACAUUUUGAAGUUGUUAAACAAAAUACGGAGUUUUGUCGAUUGGCCAAAACACAGUAACAACAUUAAUGUAUUACGAGAAGAUACAGUCUACUUGCAUCAGUUGUUGAAUAUCUUAGAAACACAACAAGGCAAGCCGAAAGGCAAGCAUAUUAUUGACACGUGUCUUAGCAUUUUAGGGAAUUGUGCUAUGGAGAAGUACUUUGCAAGGGAAAUGUAUCAGAUAGAGGAUAAUGUAUUGUCAGCUCUUAACCAUGUGUUAAAAUGUUAUCCGAAAGAAGACAGCAUAAAUGGGAGAGUUUUUAGAGUGCUGGGAAAUGUAUGUCCGCAUAUGGAAUCUUGGACUGAUGUAAUCAUUCAUAUAAAGCCACAGAUUAUCACCCAUUUGUUCAAAGUAUUAUCUAGAGCCACUAAAAAUACCGAAUUAAAAGAAAAUCCUUCUGAAGCUACUAUCCUGAUGGCGCUCAGAAUUUUAAAAUAUGCGAGUAUAACUAAAAAACAACAGCUCCUCAAGACGUUUCCAGUUUUAAAUACAAUUGGUUCUCUUUUCAUAAAAUUUAGUCAAGAAUGGCAAGGAAGCCUGUUAGGCUUUCAAUUAUUAGAUGAAACUGUUUUGAAUUCUUUAAUAACAAUAAUUUACCAAUUUUCAGAUUUAGAGGAUUAUUCCAUAAUAAAAAAAUUAAAAUCUACUACUAACGGAAACGCUUUAAAAGAACUUGUUAACGUUUUGCUACUAUGCCCGAGAACGAUCAUAAAAAUUAUUAUGAAUUUCAUCACUAUUAGCAAGUUGAAUUCAGAUUUACCUGUAAUAGACAUUUGUAAUAAAUUUAUUGACACAGUUGUCAGAAAUAGGAAUAAAAAACGUUAUAAACUUGAAUGUGUAGAUUAUAUCAAAUGCUUAUGCUACCUCCUGGAUCAUCCAGCGAAUAAAACUGCUAAGCAAUGUGGAAAAACUAUCUCCGUACUAAUUCAGGCUCUUGAAAAAUUAAACCAGCCUACAGAUUUAGAGCUUGAAUGCUGUGUUCUAUUGUUUAACGCCCUAAAUAAAUGUCAGUAUGAGGAGUAUCUUGUCCAGGAGCAGUUGCGAUGCAAUAUUUUGGAUGUCGUAUUAAAAAAGUUGGAAUGGGUUGUAGACAACACAGUUAUGAAUACUCAUGAUUUUAAAAUUGUGUUGAAACGGAAAUUGACGUUUGAUGAUGCCGAAUUAUAUCCUGAAGGGUCGUUUUCUGUGAAACGGAAAUUGUGUACUUGUUGUCUCGAGGUUUUAGAUUUGAAGAAUUUUGAUUGUCCUAUGUGGCAUGGUACUCCUGCUUCACAACGAUUAGCGUGUCCCAGUGAAGAUAGUGAAGACAAUGAUUAUGAUGAUAAUUAUUAUGAUAGCGAUGAAGACCAUGAUGAUGAUGUUGAUGUCAAUGAUGAUGAAGAUGACGAUGAAGACAAUGGUCAAAAUCCCGUUUCUAUCGACAAGGAACUUGGCUAUUUUAUAGUUGUUAAAAAUGAUAGAAAGCUUAGUCCAUGUCCAAGUACAGUUAGCGAUUAUGCAAAUUUGUCUUGGGCAUCACCAUGUUCUAGUCCUCGAUCGUUAGGCAACGAAGCCGAAGAUUCUGGUGAUUAUUCGCCAGUUUCCAGUGAAGCGGAUGACACGGAAAAUCAGUUAAAUACAAAUGAAUCUGAUGGAUCUGUAGAAAUAGAUGAACAAUACGAGCGAAUUCAUGGAACUUUGCCAGAAUAUACUACAAAUAGAUUGAAAUUAAGUCUGAUAUUCGAAAUAACAAAACUAGUCAGAUCGUUCAUCAAAAUCUGCCCACCCAUAGCUCAGUUAGGAUCCGAAAAAUUACUUAUCGCUCUAUUAAAUUGUUCAGAAUUUUUCAAUACACAAAUGUCGACGUACCCUACGGUAAACUUAGUUUGCGAUAUACUACAUAGCCCAAUCUACUUGAAACCCCUAUUGAAGACUGACUUUAUUGAGAAAGUUUACGAUUGGACGAAAUGUGUUCAUUCGGAAGCAGAUUGCGUAACUUGCAUGGAUCAAUCGUGUACCGGUAAAAUGGUGUUGAAGAGACUUACACAUCUUGCAAAGAAUGGAACGGGGAAGCAGUAUAUCGAGAGCAUGAUGCGUGCUGGACGAAUUCAACAUAAGAAGCAAACGGUGCUGAUAUUACCGUACAUUAUAGAUGAAAAAAAGACUCUCGCAGAUAUAUUAUUAACAAAAGGAGGGUUAACCCUUUUGAUGCAGCUGUUAAAGGAAGAUUCGGAUUUAAAAAGACGGGUCAUUAAAACACUGAACGUGUUAUCGGCCAAAAGACUGGAAAUAGCCAAUCCUAAAAAAGUUGCCAUAGACGUAGCCCAUACAUUAGCAACGUUCAGUUCUCAACGAUCAGACAAUCAGACGUCUGUGAAACUAGUGACUUUUAAAUUAGAUGAUGGUCAACACGUGAAAGCUGAUAGAAAUUUAUUGAUGGAAAAGUCUGUGUAUUUUACCAACUUGUUGAGCGGAUCUUUUAAAGAAGGUAGUGAAGACGAAGUAUGUUUACAGGAUGUUGAAUUCAGGACUCUGAAUUGUCUAUUGGACUUGGUCGGAUCGGUAAAUGAGAUUAGAAAAAUCGGCCUUGAUACCUUACUCGAUGUUAUAGCUUUAAGUGAUAGAUAUUUAAUGAGUGACAUUUGUAGCCUCGUUACUAAUUACGUGAAAAAGUAUAGAAUGUCUACAAGGAAUGUUGCGGAAAUUUAUAAAUGGUCCUUGGAAUCGCGAUUGGAUUUGCUACGAGUUGAAUCGAUAACUUACGCUUUAGUGGUCGAUGUCUGUGAUCGUUUACGAUUCGACAUAUUUAAUACCCUGUUUAGCCUCGGACACAGUGAUGAUUUAGUCAGUGAUAUUAAUAAACUUAUAGAAAGUUACCUUAUUUCGUAGGUAACUGUAUCCUUUGUUUUUUAUUGUUCUCGUUUUGUUUAUUGUUCUCGUUUUGUUUAUUGUUCUCGUUCGAUUAU